AUGUUCGCUCUCCGAUCCGCCACCCGCGCCAUCCCCCGCGUCAGCGCCACCCGCGCAUUCUCGUCAACCGUCGUCUACCAAAAGACGGCGACGGAGACGGUCAAAGAUGGCAUCAAGACGGUGGACAAGGCCGUAAGCGGCAAGAUUGUCGACGGCAUCGACGCUGCUGAAUCCGCUACACAAAAAGUCAAGCAAGCGUCUGAGAAUGUCGUGGGAAACAAGUCGGCCGCCGGCGCCGCCGAGGAGCUCAAGGGCAAGGCAAAGGGCGCCGCUGAGGAGGCCAAGGGCAAGGCCAAGGGCGCUGCCGAGGAUGUCAAGAAGAGUCUUUAA